CGUGGCCAACGGCUCUCUCCAGCCGAGUGCUCAGUGAAUGAUCUCCGGCAGCUCGGUGCAGCUCGACUUUCAGAUAUAAUUGUGUACAAACCGGGUCAUUUUUUUUACAGCUGCGUACAGCCCCACGCUUCCCCGGUCUCCUGUUUCUCUGUCUGCGGCGGUGCAGCGUGUUUUCCUGGGGGAGUACGGAGCUGGUGUCCCGAGCGGUGAUGAUGGAGGUGGAGACGGCCAGUAACAGAGGCGAACUGGGAGCUAUGGGGGACGCUCUGCAGCCACAGACUCCCAGCAGACACGAGAAGAGUCUGGGACUGCUCACAACCAAGUUUGUGACUCUAUUACAGGAGGCGAAGGACGGAGUGCUGGAUCUGAAAGCGGCGGCAGACACCUUGGCAGUGAGGCAGAAAAGACGAAUCUAUGACAUCACUAAUGUUUUGGAGGGAAUUGGACUUAUAGAGAAGAAAUCCAAGAACAGCAUCCAGUGGAAGGGUGUAGGUCCAGGCUGUAACACCAGAGAGAUUGCCGAUAAGCUGAUUGAUCUGAAGGCCGAGCUGGAUGACCUGGCUCUCAGGGAACACGAGCUGGACCAGCAGAAGGUCUGGGUUCAACAGAGCAUCAAGAAUGUCACAGACGACUCCAACAACAGCCCUGUAGCAUAUGUAAAACAUGAAGACCUCUGUGGAGCUUUCAAAGGGGACACACUCCUAGCAAUCCGAGCUCCCAUUGGCACACAACUCGAGGUCCCCGUACCUGAAGCUGUCCUCAACGGGCAGAGAAAGUACCAGAUCCGUCUCAAGAGUUCAUCUGGUCCCAUCGAGGUUCUGCUUGUCAAUAAGGACCCGUCCAGUGCCUCCCCUGUUGUUUUACCCGUCCCUCCUCCUGAUGAUGUCCUUCAAAGCCUCCCAGCACCGACGCCUACCUCUCAGCCGCCUGCUGCUGCCCCCCAGGUGCCCAAAGCAUCUCCAGCAGGUUCUAUAAAACACGUUCCUGCCAUAGCGUCAGUCCCAGCAGCCAACCAGACAGCCUCAGUGCCAGAAGUGACGAGCACCACGUCACUUACCCCAACUACAGACGUCCCCGCAGUUACCCAGCAGCUACAGUCCUCAGCCUCGUUGGACGGAUCUGUGUCCUCUUCUGCCUCUGCAGUAUUUGAACCAAUUAAAUCAGAUCCCUCUGAAUUGUUGGACUUUCCCAAAGAGCUCUCAGACAUGUUCGAUCCAACAAAAGAGAUCAUGAGUGGAGACCUGUUAGAGGACUUGAUGUCAUCAGAAGUGUUCUCGCCUCUCCUCCGUCUGUCACCUCCACCCAGCGACCACGACUACAUUUACAACCUGGAUGAAACAGAAGGCCUGUGUGACCUCUUUGACGUCCCCAUUCUCAACCUCUGACGCCUGACACCGUUGUCAAAAGUGGGAGACCGAGUUCCCCAUCAUGCUAAUCCACCUUCAGUUACUCCCAAGAUGUUCCCCCUCAGUGACGCUGAAGCUGAGAGGAGGAGGAGGAGGAGGAGCAGCAGCAGCAAAGCCAACAUCGUCUGAUGAGUGCUUCAGACACGUCCUCUGCACUGACGCAGUGAGCUCAGGCCGACGAGAUGAUGUACAGCUUUGUAAGAAACACACGCAAAACAAAAACAUUUAACUUACUGUUUCCCAGGAAAAUUAUUAAUAACAAAUGAUUAUAUUUUUGGAUUGUUAUGAGUGAUAAAACAUGUUUGUGUAUCAGCUUCCCUAUGAGUGAAACUGUGUGGGCAUACUUUACAUGAGUGUGUGUGUCUGUGUGAGUGUGCGACUGAGUUUUGUACUGAACGCUCGCUGAGUCAGAUCUCAAAGGAAAACACAGAAACCCUUUCUCCUGUCAGGUAAAGAGUCAUUGCAGACAAACCAAGUACAUCCUCCAUCUCCCCAGUAUCUGCUCAUGCGUGGCUCACAUGAGUCCAAACACAGCUGGCUAAAUAUGCACUGUCCUCAUGUACAUAGAGAAUAUAUAUUUUGUAAUACCAGCGCACCAAACUAUUGUGUAAAGAUGAACUACAUUUGUACUGCAUGCAGGGCAACAUGUUUGCAAAUACACAAAGGUACCAGACGCAAAUGAGCAUGCUUUAUGUAUCAAGUGCUUUGUUGAUUGUUCUGAAUCAACGGAGCAUUUUCAGUUAGUUUAAAUCAAACCUUUCAGUGACUGAGCGGUCUUUGUGUGCCACUUAGAGAAAGAGGAGCUUACUGUUGGAUUACUCAAGUGAAUAAACCUUCUGACAUGAAGAGGAGGGAGUCACGUUUGACGACUCAAACACUUCUCAGGCGCUUGUCAAAAUAAAGCAGCGUCUUUUCUUUUUGGCCGACAUAAAGCCUGCCUUUGUUCUCUCACUGGUUGGUUCGGCUUUGGCGCUUCUGCGCUGAGAGGUUUGGUUGUAAAAUAAAAAAUAAGCUCGCUUUCGGUUUCAUUUUGCCUCUGGACUUUUGAACUUUGCCUUUUUAUGUAUGGCCUGUGAUUUAUAUAUAAUUUAACUUUGUACGUCGGAUGGAAUCGCUUCUUCUUCUUCCCCUCUCCAGAUUGACUUCUGUGUAUUUUCAAUUAUUAUGUAUGUUUAUUAAAACCAUCGUACCCAGUUCAUUUGUAUGUAACGACGUGUAUGUAUUUGGGGUGGAUUUAUUUACAGAUGCAGUGAAUAUAGUCCCCAUGUCAUGAUAAAUGCUCCUGGGUUUUUUUUCUUUUUGUAUAUUUGGCACAGAUUCCUUUUCAACAUUUGUUUUCUGCUGCUCUUUCUGUUCGUGGUCAAUGAAAUUCUGGCUUUCUCUCUAAUUUUGAAUGUCUCAUUAAAUCAUUUCUCUGCAGACGAGCGGUGAGGUUCAGGUCAGGAUGAGUUCUCGCUCGUCGGACAGAAUAAUAUCGACAUGAUUCAUAUUCCCGCAGUGCUUGUUGUGUCCUGUUCCGCCCUGGAUUACAUGAAUCCAUGUCCUGUGUGUAUAUUCCUCUCUCUAGCGCUUGUAUAGAAUAGCAUUUAUUUUUUAUACCUGAUAGAUAUAUUAUUACCUGCGACUAAUUUGGGGCUUCAACACUUCAUCAUUUAAAGAAUUUAUCCGCCGAACUUUGUGCUUUAUGAAAACAUCCUGUCUCAUUGUUGCACUUUACAUCACUGAACCGAUUGGUUGCUACUCAUCCACUCGUGGUCGAUCGUUGUGUUUGUACGGUGUUGUGAGUUUGUCUUAAUCCUUCAACAGAGCAGCCGGGGGGAGUUCAACACCGCUGGGUCGAAUGAGUGGUGUCUGUUUGUGUUGGCAUGUGCGACUGAAUAAUCCCACAGACUGUUUUUUUUAUAACUGUUGCUAAACUGUAGUCGCAUCAUAUGACACAAAAUAAACACACUUUGGUAUUCUU